UCCUCUUUCCCUCUCUCGGGUAUGGACGGUCGUCGGCGUCUGGGACAGUCAAAAUUAUUCCGCUUAAACCCUAGAGGUUAGGGUUUAUGGUGGCGCCAGCCACACGAUGACAUGAUACAUCGACGCUUCGAAUUCAAUUUCUCCAUCUUCAACACUCAAAUCUCGUAACUUAUUUUUUGUAUUGGUUAUAUUCAUGGCUGCUUCUAAAUUAUCAUCAUGUGCUGCGAUAGCUGCCACAGUCGCUUCAUUCUCCACGAUCCAAAAUAUCGUAUACGCUGAAUCGCCUUUUCGUUUCCCUUCUUUUUAUAACUCGUCCUCUUCUUCGUCGUCGAACAGUAUUCCCGACCAAUCUUCGGAUGGGAAAGCCGAUACCAAAGCGGAAUCGCAGGAGUCGAAAGGCGGUUUCGACCCCGAAGCUUUGGAGAGAGGUGCCAAAGCUCUCCGAGAAAUCAACAGUUCUACGCAUGCCAAAGAGGUUUUCGACGUCAUGAGGAAGCAGGAGCAGACACGGUUAGCUGAUUUAGCAGCGGAGAAGAUUCAUUAUGAAGCAAUUCAAGCUCAAAUUGAUGUUGACAGACAGAGGAAGGUAGCUGAAGAGCAAAGAAAUCUAGUGCAGCAACAAGCACAGGCGAAAGCUCAAAUGCUUCGUUAUGAAGACGAACUGGCCAGGAAAAGAAUGCAGACAGAUCAUGAAGCUCAGAGGCGUCAUAAUGCUGAACUAGUCAGGAUGCAAGAGGAGUCAUCUGUACGCAAAGAACAAGCAAGAAGAGCUACUGAGGAGCAGAUUCAAGCUCAGCAACGGCAGACUGAGAAAGAGAGAGCUGAGAUCGAACGGGAAACGAUACGAGUUAAGGCCAUGGCUGAGGCUGAAGGCCGGGCCCAUGAGGCUAAAUUGACCGAGGACCACAAUAGGAGAAUGCUUGUUGAACGGAUAAAUGGUGAAAGAGAGAAAUGGCUUGCUGCAAUCAACACAACUUUUAGUCACAUUGAAGGGGGUGUUAGGGCAUUAUUGACUGAUAGGAAUAAGUUGCUUAUGACGGUUGGAGGAGCUACUGCAUUAGCUGCAGGCAUUUAUACAACUAGAGAAGGUGCUAGGGUUACAUGGGGAUAUGUUAACCGGAUACUGGGGCAGCCUUCACUUAUUAGGGAAUCAUCUAUUGGAAAAUUUCCAUGGUCAGGGAUGAUGUCCCAAGCUAAGAACAUAGUUUCGAGAUACACCACAGCUGCAGGGCCUGCCGAUGGUAAAAAGGCUUUUGAAAAUGUGGUCCUCCAUCCUUCAUUGAAGAGGAGAAUAGAGCACCUGGCUAGAGCUACGGCAAACACCAGGACUCACCAGGCACCAUUUCGCAACAUGUUGUUUUAUGGGCCUCCUGGUACCGGUAAAACUAUGGUUGCAAAGGAAAUAGCUCGAAAAUCGUGGUUGGAUUAUGCUAUGAUGACAGGAGGAGAUGUUGCACCCCUAGGUGCUCAGGCUGUUACCAAAAUCCAUGAGAUAUUCGAUUGGGCUAAAAAGUCAAAUAAAGGUUUGCUGCUUUUUAUUGAUGAGGCUGAUGCUUUCUUAUGCGAGCGUAACAGCAUGCAUAUGAGUGAAGCUCAACGGAGCGCCUUAAAUGCACUGCUCUUCCGAACGGGGGACCAAUCAAGAGAUGUGGUUCUUGUCCUUGCUACUAACAGGCCAGGGGAUCUCGACAGUGCCAUCACGGAUCGAAUUGAUGAAGUAAUUGAGUUUCCACUUCCUGGGGAAGAGGAGAGAUUCAAUCUUCUGAACCUCUACCUGCGUAAGUACCUAUCUAAUGAAGGUGAAAACACAUCUAAUAUAAAAAACAACCCAUUCAAAAAGAAGCCACAGAACAUAACUAUAAAAGAUAUCUCCGAAGACGUGAUCCGGGAGGCUGCCCAGAAGACAGAAGGGUUCUCUGGCCGUGAGAUAGCGAAACUUAUGGCUGGUAUUCAAGCAGCAGUUUAUGGGCGCCCGGACUGUGUUUUGGAUUCCCAGUUAUUUAGAGAGAUUUUAGAUUACAAAGUUGCAGAACAUCACCGGCGAGUAAAACUAGCUGCUGAUGGCAGUCAGCCGGCCGUCAAUGUAGGUUGAUUAGUAGGGUUCUAAUUGAAGCAUGAUGUAUUGCGGGAAUUUUGUUUUAUCCCUUUAUUCACUUAUCUGCUGGGUUAUACCAUUCAAAUUUUGUCAUGUUAGAUUUAUAUCUUUGGUUGAUGAAGUAGAUGUUAUCUCUAGAUUGACUCUUAAGAGAUGGCAAUUUAGGUAUUGUGUUCUUUGGGAUUCUAAAUUAGGGCAAUUGGGAUUUAACAAUAGGGUUUUCCCCCCUUCAAAUGGGAAAACACAUGAUUCUGUUUCA